AAUGGCAAAUCAAAUUUCGUGCGAAUCACUCCAGUCCGCAUAUGCGGCCUAAAAUCAACCUUCUAAAACUGAUAAUUGCGGAAAAGUACAGUAUGUUUUGUUCGUCUGCAAGUUUUGGAAACGGCUGGAAGAAUGUCCAAAUGUUGUGUGGAAUCGCGGCGGUUUCACACCAUAAUGUUCCUCAAAAUGCUCCGGUCGAUCGGAAAGAAGACGGAGUUAAUAUGGCUGUCCACAAUUUAUCUGUCAGUGUAGUAAGCUCGCCUUGUGCUGCCUACACGACGCGCAUAACAACCCAUUUAGUUCCCAUCAUUUUAGAGCUUCUUGUCCCUCCCCUCCAGACACAGACAACAACAUACACCUUAAUAGGGGCGCGUCUCCGACACAGCCGCCGACCAAUAACCCGUCUGUCUGGGCAGAGACCAAGGGGAUGAGCGCUCGCCGAGGCCCAAUCAGCGCUUUUGUGUUGCCUGCCGGUGCCGGGGACUGGUCGUGAAGAGCUACAGCAGCGCUUCAGGAUCGGAGAGUGAACCCGGAGCCAGAGGAACCUGAAGGGUAAAGGCGAGUCAGGAUGGAGCGGAUGUCUGAGGAGGCGUUGAGGCUGAACCUGCUGAAGCGGGGUCUGGAGGCACAAGAUGAGCGGGACGAGGCUCUGUCCAAGCGCCUGAAGAUGGAGGGUCACGAGGCCAUGGAGAGGCUUAAGAUGCUUGCCCUCCUUAAACGCAAGGAUCUGGUCGCUUUGGAGGGGGCAGCGGUUGCAGCAGCCAUGGCAGAGGGCAAAGGCCCCGGGGGCAGCCAGGGGCUGAUGGGAGCUGUGGCCUACGAGGAGAAGAUGAAUGGAAGUUUGAGAGUCGGGGGCCAUGGAGGUCCCAGUAAGAAUGGGAAGGAAAACAUAGUGGAUGAGCCAGUGGACAUGAGUGCCAGAAGGAGUGAAAUAGUUCGGGAGCGACGCACUCCAUCGCCAGACGUUAUCAUUUUAUCAGACAACGAGGCAUCCAGCCCCCGGAGCACACCUCACCCUGAGGAGAAACGGAAUCAGGCCAACCUGGAGAUGUUUAAGGGGAAGACUGGCGACGAGCGGCAGCAGAUGAUCAAAGCUCUCCGAGAGGAGCUCAGGCUGGAGGAGGCCAAGUUGGUGCUCCUGAAGAAACUGAGACAGAGUCAGAUGCAGAAGGAGAACGUUGUGCAAAAGGUGCCGGUGGUCCAGAAUGCCCCAUCAUCAGUGCAGCCGUCACCCAUGCACAGCUCUCAGGGGCUCGGGAAACUAACUGUGCGGCCUGGCAUGCACUCAUCUGAGCCUCAGAGCCUGCGCACUGCACAGGGCCACACAGUAAUCAGGUCUGCUAUCAAUGCAUCUUUGCCCCCAAUGAUGAUGUCACAACGGGUUAUUGCACCCAAUCCUGCCCAGCUUCAGGGCCAGAGAAUGCCCUCCAAGCUGGGCAUGGGCCGCUCCUCCACAGGUGGUUUGGGUAACACAGUAAGCUAUCAGCAGGCUGCCAGCCAGCAGGUGGGGGUCUCGCAGCGUUCAGGCUCGUCCUCAGCUAUCUACAUGAACCUGGCACACAUGCAGGCAGCGGGAGCAGCUGGUGUGGCUGGCGUCGGGGUGGGAGUGAGUGGGGUUGGUGCUGUCAGCCCCUCUACCCUUUCCAGCGCCUCCAGUGUCGCUUCUCUGAACGACCAGGCCAGCAGCCAAGCAGCCGCUAAACUAGCCCUCCGCAAGCAGCUGGAGAAGACCCUGCUGGAGAUACCUCCACCUAAACCUCCAGCGCCCCUGCUGCACUUCCUGCCCUCUGCUGCCAACUCUGAGUUCAUCUACAUGGUGGGGUUGGAGGAGGUCGUGCAGAGCGUCAUUGAUAGUCAGGGUAAAAUGCGGGGGUCACUGCCACACAUGGAGCCGUUCUUCUGUGCCCAGUGCAGGACUGACUUCACCCCUCACUGGAAGCAGGAGAAAAGUGGUCGCAUCCUCUGUGAGCAGUGCAUGACGUCCAAUCAGAAGAAGGCCUUGAAGGCUGAGCACACCAAUAGGCUCAAGAACGCUUUCGUUAAGGCUCUGCAGCAAGAACAGGAAAUAGAGCAGAGGUUGCAGCAGCAGGCUGCUCUGUCCCCCAGCUCCGCCCAGACUGUGCCCAGCGUGAGCAAAGGGGAGACCAUGAUUCGACACCAUGCCCUCCGACAGACUCCCCAGCCACAGGCUGCUCUACAGCGGAGUCUGUCCAGCUCAGCACGAGGUGUCCUCUCUAACUUCGCCCAGGCCUCCCAGCUCUCAGUGGCCAGUGGGCUGCUGGAUAUGACAAGCAAGCGCUGUGGCAGCAGCAGUUCCAGCAGCAGCAGUCGGGCUCAGCAUGACAGCCGCAGACAGAUCUACAACAUCCCUGGUCUGAAUAUUGCUUAUCUAAAUCCGGGAGCCAUUGGGGGCCACAAGGCAUCCAGCCUAGCGGACCGUCAGCGGGAGUAUCUGCUCGACAUGAUUCCCCCACGCUCCAUAUCUCAGUCCAUCACCGGGCAGAAAUGAGCCCUGACGGGACUGCAGAUCCCUCUUUCGGACGCCCCACCACCCCUCUGUUCUACAUCAGAACAUCCCACCCCAACACAUACACACGCACACCAUCACCCCAUCGCAUGCAGUGCCUGUCCGUGUGCCUACCCAACUAACCCAUAAGAACAGCUCAAUCAGUCAGACUAUAAACACCAGACUGUCAGUGCAUCUCAAACUUCGGUUUCCUACUAUAGCAAAGCUCUUUAUUGUUAUCUCAAAUUAUUAUUGCUGUCGUUAAUGCUACUUCUAUUAUUAUCACAGUUAUUAUUAUUAGUAUUAUUGUUGCUUCUGUUACAGUUACUCUUAUUACACUUAUUAGUAGGUUUAGUGUUUUUUUUUGCAUCUUUUUAUGUUCUUACCCUUAUGUUUUUCUUUAGAGGGAGGAUGCCAGAUUGCAGGGUCACUUAAAAAUAUAAAAGCUUGUUUUUUUUUGGUUCGUUUGAAGGCUUCCUCCCUCAGUCACCCCUGUAAAAUUAGACUCGUUCUCUCUCAUGUCGUAUAUGUUCAGUUUCGGAGUUGGAAUGGUUAAAGCGUUCUUACCUGAGAUCGAGAGAGCAGAAUCUUUGUAGCGUUACAC